CUCGCAGGCGCCUUUAGUGUGGGGCGCCGGUCGUGCUCUCUUCUUCCAACCCGGCUUGGUGGUCGGCGGGUCUGGGCCUCGUCCGCUUCUCGGGCCCGAGCGGGGCCUGUGGCCAGCUCCUCGAGUCGCCCGCCCGGCCCACCGCACGCAUGGCGGCCAUCAAGGCCCUGCAAGAGUGGUGCCGGCAGCAGUGCGAGGGCUACCGGGAUGUGAGCAUCACCAACAUGACCACUUCGUUCCGCGACGGCCUGGCCUUCUGCGCGAUCUUGCACCGGCACCGGCCUGACCUUAUAAACUUCAAUGCCCUCCGGAAGGAAAACAUUUACGAGAACAACAAGCUGGCCUUCCAAGUGGCAGAGGAACAGUUGGGCAUCCCAGCCCUGCUAGACGCCGAGGACAUGGUGGCCUUGAAGGUUCCAGACCGGCUGAGCAUCCUCACCUACGUGUCACAGUAUUACAACUACUUCCACGGCCGGUCCCCAAUUGGAGGCAUGGCUGGUGUGAAGAGACCCUCAUCAGACUCGACUGAAGAACAUUCUGGAAAGAAGGUCCUGUCCCAGCCUGCCGCCAAGUUGCCCUCACCUGCUCCAGCCCAGAGGUCACCACUGUCUCCAGCUAGGACAAACCCCGUGGUUCGGAGGAGUGAGGGAGGCUCGGAGAGGCCACCCCCAAAGGCUGCUCUGGGAACUGCAGGCAGCUCCGUCAGCAGCAUCUGUGGGGUCUGUGGCAAACAUGUUCACCUUGUGCAGCGGCACCUGGCUGAUGGGCGGCUCUACCACCGAAGCUGCUUCAGGUGUAAACAGUGCUCCAGCACGCUGCAUUCAGGGGCCUACCGUGCCACGGGAGAGCCGGGCGUCUUUGUCUGUACUCAUCACAGCUCAGAAGUCACCUCUGUGAGCCCCAAGUUGUCAAAACUGGCCUCCAGACAGCCAGGAGCUAUUGCUGCAGACACCAGGCCAAGCAAUGCCUCCCGGAAGGUUCAGGAAGCAAAUGGACGCGGAAGGUGACAGCCGUUGAGGGCCAGGGCAGCAGCCUGGGAGUCCGCUGGAGGCAGCAACAUGACUGCCAGAGGCUUUGUCCAGACUGAACUUAGCCAGCCAGCCACCUCCCGUGUCCACGUGGGGAGCCCCGCAGGGCCCAGGCUGCCCACGAGCCCAGUGGCCACUACUUCUGUGAAUAGCAAAGCCGUCACCCACGUGACUAAUAGCUCCCCGACAGGAUGGUCAUCACCUGCCCAGGGCAGCACAGCGACCAUCGGCUCUCAUCCUGUGGUGUACCCGAGUGCCUGGACUCUCCCCCGUCUGGGCCAAGGCCAGGCAGCUUCAAAAGGUGUCAAGACUCAGCUCAGCUUGAGCGCAGCAUCUCCAAACUCAACGGCCACCCCAGCCUGGACCCCCGCAGCCUCUAGGACCCAGCAAGCCCGAGAGAAAUUUUUUCAGAAUCCUGCCCCAUCCCCAGCCAGCAACAGUACUGCCAGCAGGGUCCCCUCUGUGGUGACUACCUCCACCAGCAAGGUCACCACUGUGGUGAAUGCCACCAAUGGCAGGGUCCCCCCUGUGGUGAAUACCUCCACCAGCAAGGUCCCCACUGUGGUGAAUGCCCCCAAUGGCAGGGUGUCCACUGUGGUGAAUACCUCCACCAGCAAGGUACCCGCUGUGGUGAAUGCCUCUACCAGUAAGGUCUCUACUGUGGUGAAUACUUCCACUAGCAAGGCCACCACUGUGGUGAAUGCCCCCACCAGCAAGGUCUCUACUGUGGUGACUACCUCCACCAGCAAGGUCCCCACUGUGGUGAAUGCCCCCAAUGGCAGGGUCCCCCCUGUGGUGACUACCUCCACCAGCAAGGUCGCCACUGUGGUGAAUGCCCCCACUGGUAAGGUCCCGGCCGCACUGAAUGCCUCUGCCAGCAAGGUCUCCGCUGCUGUGGACCCCUGCCAGGAGAGCAGUCGAGAGCAAGCGCUAAGUGUCCUUAGGAAGGCCUUGCCAGGGCUGGCGGGAGCUGGUACCCAGGCUCCAAGCAGGUCUUCCCCAGCCAUGUCCUCUGUCUCAAUCACCCUUCCCAAGAAUGAAGUGCCACAAAAGGUUCCCUCAGCCAAGCUAUCACAUUCAACUACGCCCCAGCCCCCCGCUUCGAAGAUGGAGUCUACAGUCCCCCUGAGUGUGGGCGAUACCCCAUGGGCAUCCGUAUCACUCCAGAUUGGCAACAAGAGCCUGGGUACAUCUCCAGGGCUUGGUAAGACCAGUGCUGGCUCCAGACCCCAAGCAGAGGCGGCAGUAAUGAAGGGUCCAGGCUCCACCUCUCAGGAAGGCCAGGAGGAGGGGCCAGAAGGGUGGAGGGCCCGCCUGAAGCCGGUGGAUAAGAAAAACUCUGCAAGGAGGACUCUGGAGCAAAAAGAAGUGCCAGUCCUGGUGGAGCCCAGGGCAGGGGACACUCCCAAAAACGCCUCCAGCAGCUCUGAGCCCAGCAUCCACAUCAUCUUGACUCCCAUUCAGCACAAGAGGACACCAUGCCCGGCUGGUUCCGGGCCCAACCUCGAAGCCCCCUCUCCUGCCCCAUCACACCGUAAGAAACUAGCUGUCCCUGCCAGCCUGGAUGUUUCUGCCGAUUGGCUCCAGCCAGAGCUCAAGAAGCAGGAAGCUCAGGCCAGGCACCGGAAGGAGGAGAAGACACCCACGUGGGGGACACGAGAGAGGCCGGCAGCCCUGGACAGUGCCCUUGCUCCACAUGGUGAGACCGUGACCUCCCCAGUCAGGCUGCACCCCAACUACAUCCCCGAGGAGGAGCUGCAGAGGCAGCUGCAGAACAUUGAGAAUCAGCUGGACAUCCUGGAGCUCCGGGGUGUAGAGCUGGAGAAGCGGCUGCGGGCAGCCGAGGGAGAUGCUUCAGAGGAUAGCCUCAUGGUGGACUGGUUCCGGCUUAUUCAUGAGAAGCAGCUGCUGCUGAGGCUCGAAUCGGAACUCAUGUACAAGUCCAAGGACCAGUGCCUGGAGGAGAGGCAGCUGGACCUCCAGGAAGAGCUGCGGAGGCUAAUGGACAAGCCAGAGGGUCUGAAGUCCCCCAGGGACCGCGAGCGGGAACAGGAGCUGCUGAGUCAAUAUGUGAACACUGUGAAUGACCGAAGUGACAUCGUUGACUUCCUGGAUGAGGAUCGGCUCCGGGAACAAGAAGAGGACCAAAUGCUGGAGAACAUGAUCCAGAACCUGGGCCUGCAGAGGAAGAAGUCCAGGUUCAGCUUGUCCAAGAUCUGGUCCUCGAAGAGCAAAGGCGGGCAGACGUGAGCUGUCCGUUGCUGGCAACAGGGCCCUGGCCCUUCUCAGGAAGAGACUGGUGCUGUGACCCCAGACGAGAUGCUCGGGGGUCCAUGCCUCCCACUCUGGGUCCUUGUAUCCUCAAUAAAGACAUCGACCCUCCCACA